UACGCGCGGUGGAUAUUUGACUCCGCACAAUGUGUCACACGUCAGAAAGCCGCAUUGUACCACAGUAUAUAGGAAGAGCCUGUGUGACAGCAGCACUUUUGUUUCAAGCCGGGGAACUAACUGCACGACCACCGCGCUGAAGAUGACUUUUUAAUUCGCGAGGACGUCUCGUCAUCCGCAGCAUUCACGUCAGGGAUACACUUUCGAAAAUGACCAAAAUGACUUCGGUGCUUUUGUAUACUUUUUGCACAUGGACGUGUUUAUUCGGGGUAUCGCUGGGAACGGGUUUUGUUUAUCGGCUCCCGGGCAUCACCGUGCAGCGGCCGCGCGUCGUACAGAUAAAAGGGCUGAGUGCCCCUAUUGAACCGCCUGGUAGCGGAUCCCAACCCAGGAACUGGUGUCAGUAUACUGUUUCCAAGACGGUGUCCUGUCAGGUGCACAAUGGGACCCAACCCACCGUGCAGAGGGUGCUUCAAACCUGCCGCUGGCCUACAACUUGUUCCAAAGUUCUCAGUUACAGGACUAUCCUCAGACCAUCUUUCAUGGUUUCCUACAAGCAGGUGACUGCAUUAGAGUGGAGGUGCUGCCCCGGGUAUUUUGGCAAGGAUUGUCUGGAAGAGUGCAUGAACUGCACCACAUUCACAGACAUGAGCGUCAGAAUCAACAGCAUCGAGUCACAGCUCAAGAUCUUAGAAGGAAUCCGAUUGCCAUCACCGGCUGUCGUCAGGCCAACACAGGGAUCGGCUGACAACGAGGUGGAUGCACCGUUACCGACUCCUCCAGCUAAAUGUGAUUGCGAGCCGGGGCCCGCCGGACCACCGGGCCCGGCCGGACCUCGGGGUUCACCAGGAAGAACAGGCCUUCCCGGAGUCAUCGGCCUAAAAGGGGGCAAAGGUGAUCCUGGUGAAGGGGGUCUCCCCGGCCCACCUGGCCCACCUGGCCCUCCAGCUCCUCCUUCCAGGACUUCUCUCGUGCACGUGAGGGGGGAUGUGUUCCAAGUGGAUGAUCAAGACGGAGAGUACAUCCGUCUAAAUGGCCCCCCGGGUCCACCUGGUCCACCCGGCCCACCUGGAUCUCAAGGUCCUUUAGGACCGAGGGGCGGUUCGGGGAUUCCGGGCUUACCGGGACAGAACGGCAAGGACGGCGACCCGGGCCAGCCUGGAAUUCCUGGACCGAGAGGCGAUCCGGGCCAAAGGGGGCCUCCAGGUGAAUCAGGCGAUCCGGGCCUAGCUGGACAACCGGGGCUCAAAGGCGAGCCGGGUGAAAGCUUCAAAGAUCCGGACGCGAUACCGCAACUCAGGGAGGCUUUGAAGAUCCUGGCCGAGAGGGUCCUGAUCCUGGAGCACAUGAUCGGCAUUCAUGGAAUCCCCGAGGGAUCCGGCUAUGACGUCGUUAUGGACCCACUGUCCUUGACACUGAGAAAAACCAAACGCCGCCAUGCUCCCAAACCCAAACCCAAACCCAAACCUACACCGGCGGGGAUACAACAACCAUCUCCCGUUUAAGAGUGUAUAUUUUUAGCUGGACGUUUCAUUUUAUUUUUUUUCUCUUGCACUUUUAUUGCCUUUUUAUCGCCGUAAGCAUCUGAGUGAGUUCGAUAUGAUACUUCAUAGUUCCUUUUUUGGCGCGGCUGCAGCAGGAUUUCAGUCUGCAAAUGUGUAGUAGCAGCGCUUACAUGGUAUCAGACAGUGAAAUAUAAGCCCAUAAAGUCUUAUGAGG